AUGUCUGUAAUAUCAACCGCUAUUUUAGCAUUACUGAUUUGCUUAUGCUUAAGUUGUAAUCUCGAGUUUACAAAUGCGAAAUCUUUUCCUGUCUGGCCGUACAAUAUGUCAUACCGUGCAGAAUUUGAAUUGCUCAGUGGGCCUCUAUCAAUACCAGUUGAUGUAACAAUUAUUUUUACCUCUGAUAAAGUAGAAUAUUAUUGUUCGAUUUAUAAUGGAUUAAAUAAAUAUUACGAUGCAUACAUAUGUAUUCGUGCAGGCACAAAACCUAGAGUGUAUAAUUACUUGCCCGAUGAUGAAUAUGAAUGGAUUCAUAUUAUGGAAAAAGAUGGUCUUGAUUAUUGGUCUUCAACUUCCAGGGUUAUCUAUAAUCAGAUUAAUAACAAUAUGAUAUUCAUAUCUAGAGCAAAUGAUAAUAGUCCAGUUCUUCUUCAAUCGACUUCAGGAUACCCUUACGCUAUGAAAUACUUUUAUCCUAUUAGAAUAUCAUAUUCUAAUUUCAAAACUGAUAAAUUGACUAUUCCUCCAUUGCCAAAUAUUUGUGAAUUAGAAUCAGAAUUCAGAACGGAAUCAGAGUCUCCUCAUAUUAGCUUCUUACUAAAAGAACUAAGUGGAAUAGUAAACAGAGCAUCUUACAACGAAGAUGUGAUAUAUCAUCAUGAGUUUUCUAAUUUUAUAUCAAAAUAUUCAAAAUCAUAUAGAGAUAAAGAAGAAUAUAAUCAACGACUAGAAAUAUUUAAACAAAAUCUACAAAUAAUCAAUGAACACAAUAAGAGAACAGAUAUAUCUUAUUCUUUAGGUAUCACGAAGUUUUCAGAUAUGAGUGAUGAAGAAUUUAGAAUGCUAUAUACAAACAAUGAACCUGAAGAUAACUCAGAGAUCAGAAACGUGAUAAAAAACACAGAAAUUCAUAAAAAAAGUUCAAAGACAUUUCCAAGAUACAUCAACUGGGUUGAACAAGGGAUGGUUGGUCCGAUGAGAGAUCAAGCAUUCUGCGGAAGCUGUUGGGCAUUUAGCGCUAUUUCUGCUUUAGAGAGUGCUUGGGCUAUCAAGACAGGAAAUUUAUAUUCUCUUUCGGAACAACAAUUAAUUGAUUGCGUACCGAUGAAUCACUCUGCCUGUGGUGGUGGAUAUAGACAUAAAGCCUAUGAAUGGAUUUCAAAUCAUGGAAUUUCACUUGAAUACAGCUAUCCUUAUUUAAUGGUAGAUGGAUUUUGUAAAUAUACUUAUGAUAGUCCCGUUAAGGUUAAAAAAUAUGUUAUACUACCAAAAGAUGCAACUUACUUAAUGGAUGCAUUAGCUAACCAUGGACCACUCGCGUCUGGUGUCCGUAUUUAUGAUACUAAUAGUUUUAAGUUAUAUACUGGAGGAAUAUACGAUUCUCUAAUGUAUUAUGAAAAUAAAUCUCCUCUUAAACAUUCGGUAACAAUUGUUGGCUAUGGUACAGAUAUCCUUCCUGAUGGAGGAAAUAAAGACUACUGGCUAAUAAGAAAUUCUUGGUUGCACAGCCGAUUUAAAACAAUCUUAGCUCUAAAUUUGUCAUCCAUUUUGAGUUCGGAAGUGUUACAUAGUGAUUCAUUUAUUGAAACAUAUUACAUUGAACACAUUAAGAAAGUGGCUAUAAUAUACACAUAA